AUGAUUGGAAAUGGUGAAUAUGACGAUCCAAAUGGUUCUGGUGCAUCAUCAUUUUGGGAAUGCAGAGAAUAUCAACGAACAGUUAAGCGUGUAGAUGCUGCAAAUAAAUUAUGCAGUGAAUUAUGCUUGAUGAUCCAGGAACGUGCAGAAUUAGAAAAGGCCUACUCAUCCAAUCUUAAAAAAUGGUCCUCUCGCUGGCUCAGUUUUCUUGACUCAGGCUUAGAAUAUGGAUCUGGAUCGUCUUCGUGGAGAGGAUUAUGUAAGGAAGCGGAGGCUAUAUCCAAUGUUCAUCAAAAUGUACGCAAUAUCCUCAUAGAUGAAAUACAAACAGGGGUUAAACAUUGGCAAAAAGAACACUUUCAUAAGAGUCCAUUACCUCCACAAUCGUUAAAAGAGACAAAACAAUUUGAGCAAGAUUUUGAAUUUGCACAAAAGCAAUGGUCAAAACGUCUAAAAAAAGUUCAUACAACUAAGAAAGAAUACUAUCAGGCAUGUAAGACAGAAAGAUCACUUCAAGUUCAGGUUCAAAAUGCAAAAAGUGACCCAAGUGGUACAGCGGAACAGCUUAAAAAAAUUCAAGAAAAAUUAGUCAAAGCUGAGAAAGAUGUUCAACGAACUCGUAAUGCAUAUAAAAUGGCACUAGCUGAAUUAGAUUCUGAAAGUGCACGGUAUGUUGAAGAAAUGACUAGAGUAUUUAAUCGAACGCAAGAUUUUGAACGAGAACGUCUUUGUUUCUUCAAGGAGACAUUUAACAACUUGCAUAGUGCACUUAAUGUCUGCGCUAAAGCAGAUUAUGAUUCUAUCUACAAUGAAUUAGCCGAGAGUAUUUCACAUUGUGAUGUGGAAUCAGAUUUGAACUGGUGGUCAUCAAAUCAUGGAAUUGAUAUGCCUUUUGUUUUCCCACACUUCGAAGAAUAUUCACCAGAGCUUACAGCAAUUACAAAUAAAAAGCGUGGAACACUGAUUGAUCAUAAUUCACCAGUGACUUUAACAAAUGUCACUAUGAUUAGUAGUCCAAUUGACUAUCAUCAAACGACUAUAACAUCAACAAACAAUACUGAGAAUAAUAAUGAUAAACUGGAUAAUGGCAUCGUUUCAUCAGGGAAUGGUCCACAAACUGUCAUACAUACACCUUUUGAUGAUAAACCGUCUACAAAUUCAACACUUUCAACGAAUGGUGUUAAAACAGACAACGUUGAUGAUAAUGUAAAUUCAGGUUUCAAUAGUAAUACUAGUGGGGGUGAUGUUGUAUACCCUGAUGAAAUUAAUGAUGCAACAUAUGAUGAUGGUCGACCAGGUGUAAAAGUACGUGCAUUAUAUGAUUAUGUUGGACAAGAAGAUGAUGAAAUUAGUUUUACUGCUGGUGAAGUUUUUGUAAAACUUGAAGAAGCUGAUGAUCAAGGUUGGUGUAAAGGACGUAAAGGUAAUCGAGCUGGUUUAUAUCCUGCCAACUAUGUGGAGUUGUUAUAA